GAGGCGGCGUGAGAGAGGACGACCGCAAUAGCGCGGCGUUUCCUGCGCUGAUAACGCCGUCGGCCCGCUCGCGCUCGCCGCCCGUAUACGAUGGUCUCAAAGUGCGCUCUGCCGACCCUCACAACCCCUGGCCGGCGUUCUACGCUAUCGUUGCGCCUCUAUUAAAGGACGACGGCUCCGAACGCCGGCGUGCGCAUCUUCCCUGUACUACGUGGCUCGGCUCCUUUCGGUCGGCGUUAGGCGGCUGGAACACCUGUAUAGCAGCAAGCAGCGCACACCGGCCGGCGCUCGUCGGACGACUGUGACAACACCGACCUUCAACAGCGCUCCGGUCUCUCCCGCAAUCCAGGCCCACCGUUGCCGCCUCACACAGCGAGGACUACAAAGCAAGCCUUCGCUCUCCGCAUCGGCCGGAUCGGAGAAGGAGCCGCGAACCCUUCCUCUCGACAGGCAUUGUUCUCGGAGUGCAAGCGGCGAAACCCCUUGGAGAAAGUGCACGUGACACCUGCGACGCUGUCAGUUCCUUACCUUCGCACAGCGGCGGCAGUGUACGAGUGCGAAGCCGCUUCGCAGGAAAGAAAUAAUGGAGUGCUACGAAGACCCCGAGAAUCCUGGCCAGGUCUACGUCCGCCUCCUCCGUCAAGACCUGCUGGAAGAGCUAGUGCUGUCCAAGAAGCGCGGAAGACUGGUCGUGAUCCUGGUUGGCGAGGAGUUCCUCGUGUACCGGCCGACCAACGGCACCAAGAUGACAUCUCCGCCUAACGUCGACCUGCUGGUCAAGGACAUUUGCAAGGUACUCGGCCGAGACCAUUGGAACGCAGCCGGCAGGAACCACGCGACGAAAGAUUCGUCGGUGCACAUCUUCACGGACAUGGACCUCUACGAACUCUCGGACUUGCUGGCAAAGGAACUGGACGUUAGAGUGUUCUGUCACUUGUUUCAUCGGAUAAGGUGAUGCCGCAUAUUUGCCUGCAGCGCGACGUUUCGUUGCGACCAGUGGUGGAUGCGACGUCACGAUGGGACCAACAUUUCUAUGGACGCUUGCCACCGAAAUGCUGAACGACACAGCAGCCCGAACUUCCAGCGAGCAGCAGUCGAAGGCUGACAAGUCCCACAGCUGUGCUUGCGGCUACGCAGCGAAAUUGUUGCAAGGUUGAGAGAAAACCUAAUUUGUUCGUCACAUCAGCUGUCUGAAUGCUUUUCCGGGCAGCUGUACUUUGGACGAUUGUGUUGUAUCCUCAGCAACGGCAUCGGUCAAUGUGUCAAGGGCAGCCGCCACGUGUUCAACGCAGGGGAAUUUUUUUUUUUUUUAUCGCCUUACUGGGUGGCUUGAUUAUAUAUGUGUAUGCGUGCAUGUUUGCGUGUGCUUCGUGUCCGAAACGGAACGUGAUGCCGUGUUGAUCAUGCCGAAAGAUCGUGAUUUUAAGGGUGGUGGUGCGUGAAAAGAACCUUCGAGGGGUGUAACAGCAUCGCCGCCUUGCUGGGCGUACCUUGCGCUAAGGUGCAGUCGAGUGUGGAAAUACGCGCCGUGUCAACACGUGCGAAACCAUUGCAGUGACCUUCCUGCGAGACAACGCGUCUAGCAGGACAACGUGUCUAGCAAGAACCGCCACGCGUGCAGUUUUCUUUCUUCUUUCUUUUCUUUUUGUUUUUCUUCUUUUUUUUUCGUGUUUUUCUUUUGGUACCGAGCAACUGUUGCAAAUGACGAGGUCGAGAGAAAAACGAGACGCUUUGCCUGUUUUCAUGCGUUGUUUUCUUCUAUUUUUUUUUUUUUUUUGCCUUGUGCCCUGUGCCAAUGGCUUUGGCACAGGACACAGGGUAGUUGUCGAACACAUGGAGAAGGUCUUGCCCUGCACUGGAAUUCCUUGCUGAUAUUUUUUUUUUCAUAUGGUUUUAUUCACAGCUUGUCGUGAUAAUGCACGUCAAUUUUUUUUUUUUAGAGGGCGAUUUAACGAUUGUCUAAUUUUACAUUUUAAACGAUGUUAGCGGAGCGAUAGAGUGACAGUGCCAAAUGAAAGACCGUUUAUAUUGAAACAAACACCGCUCACCACGGGGACCCCCUGAAUGACAAGCAGUAUAUUAUUUAGUCUCAUUUGAAUGCUUGCGCAGACUUAAGAUUCUCCGGGACAUUUUGGAGCUUUCGAAGUAAUCGGAGGUCCAGUCGCAAAGGGAAGCGGUCAGAACAAAGCUUUUGACAACGUGAGCCUGCAGUAAAAAUCGCAUUUGCUAUCGUCUCUCCUGGGGUAUUAUUCGAGUCAAAGUAACCCGAUGCAUUUAUCCUUCUUCGCUCGCACAACAACACAUGCGAGUGCCUAUUAUGGUAUAAGAGUGAUUUGAAGGUUGAUGUUUGCUGUUCACUGUGUUUAAUUGAAUUCGCUCUGAAUUAUGGUUAUGGGCAACGUUAGCAGUCAUACAAAAGAAUCAAACCCUCGAUGCCUAAUACCGUGGUGCACUUUUGUAAAAAAAAAAAAAAAAAAAAAAAAAAGAAAAAAAAACUGUUUUACGAUAUUGAGACGUUUUAGCUGCUGUCCUGCACUGCAUUCGUACUUUGAGUCAUUACACUUCUGCUUCUUCUUCUAGUACUUAUUUUUUCUUGCGGAUUUUAGGCUUUUGGUGCACUUGCCAUGGCUGGUUUCAAAACCGACGUUGUAAGAAUCACGCUUUUGCUUCAGUGAACUGGGUCCACACAAAGAAAAAAUGUAAACAUAAUAAUAAUCAUAAAUUGUUGCUUCAGUGCUGCACACGCACACACAAGCACAUCGAAGUUUUAGUCUGUUUAUUUUGUUAAGCACUGACUACCAUGGAUUUCGUACAAGGCAAAUAAAUGAUGAGUUAUACCUC